AUGGCCCAUCGUAGUCAAAAGACUGAAGCUGAAAAGCUUGCAGGCAUGUUAGCUAUACAUGCGGAAAUGACUCGCGGGUGGAAAGCAUCACAAUUUCACGCCGUUCAAAAAGAAUGGGUGGAAAAAACGAUAUUUCCUCUGAAGCUAGUAGUGGAUUCAGCGUUAUUAAUGGGGAUUGGAUCGAUCCAGGGUAACACAAAUGGAUCUUACAAGUAUGAUGAAAAUUACGGUUCGACAGAUGAGGAACAGGGCGAAGAUAUUCGCAAUUUUUCUCAAUUGGUUGGCUUUGAAUGUUGGAUUGAUAUCUUGAGGCAAAAAUUCGAUAUUCCACCAAAUAAAGUAUACUUUCAGGAACCGGGUUUCACCGAUCUCGAAAAAUCAUUCAUCACUUCACUUGGCCAUACAGUAUUAGAACAUCCUCAAGCAUUCAAAAUACUCACACGACGAACAUUUCUCUGUUCUUGUCGCCUCUUUAAAGAUGUUGUGGCAGCUUGCUUCAGCGUUGCCAUGCCGGACCUGGCUGUUAUGUCACCGCUUUGGAUAGAUAGUUGGGUAACAUCUCCAUAUUUUGAGGGAGGACCAAAUUAUAACAGAAUGAGGCGAACUAUCCGUCGGUACGUCAGGACACACCUCAGCCAAAAGCAAGGCCCAAUCUUUGAACGCACGCGCGACGUGGACCUCAGUAAUCUAGGUAUAGACAGACUGAUGCAUGGCUGGCUCCAAGACGUGGAGUGGUAUUGGACGCCGGAUGAUUUGAGUGUAAUAGGAGAUAUAGGCGAACCGAUAAAUCAAGAUGUGUGGCGUUUCGGGGCUGGGAUCUAUGGGGUAAUAGAUUCGCUGGGAGGAGGGAUGGAUUAUGUGAAGAUGGCACUAGAAAUGCAUAGGAGGCGUCGCGAGGAAAGCCCGUUAAGUGAUAUUCCUAGUGGAUCUGAGUGGGAAAAUGAGUGGAAAGCAGAUGAACCGGAGCCAGAGCCAGAGCCGGAACCGCAGCCAGAACCGCAGCCAGAACCGCAACCAGAACCGCAACCAGAGCCGAAACCAGACAAACCGCUGCCAUCUGGAAAAACAAUUCCCAGAUCCCCUCCCUAUCGUGAUAGCUAUCACGGUAAUAAGAGACGACUAACACGAGUAAGAAAGCUCCGGGCAUAUCGCGAUGAUGGUACGGUAAACUUUUUAUGA